AUGGUGGUGAUGAUGAUGGUGAUGGUGGCGGUGAUGACGGUGAUGAUGAUGAUGAUGAUCCAGGUGAUCAAAAUCAAGACCGAGGACAACCGGGAGACGCGCUCGGCCAAGGACGCGCUGCUGCUCUGGUGCCAGAUGAAGACGGCGGGCUACCCCGAGGUCAACAUCCAGAACUUCACCACCAGCUGGAGGGACGGGUUGGCCUUCAACGCCCUCAUCCACCGGCACAGGCCGGAUCUCGUCGACUUCCACAAGCUGACCAAGUCCAACGCCACCUACAACCUCCAGCAGGCCUUCAACACGGCCGAGCAGCACCUGGGGCUCAGCAAGCUGCUGGACCCCGAGGAUGUGAACAUGGAGGACCCCGAUGAGAAGUCCAUCAUCACCUACGUGGUGUCCUUCUACCACUACUUCUCCAAGAUGAAGGCGCUGGCGGUGGAGGGGAAGCGCAUUGGGAAGGUCCUGGACCAGGUGAUGGAGAUCGGGGCCAUCACGGCGCGGUACGAGGCGCUGGCGGCCGAGCUCCUGGCCUGGAUCCACCACACCAUCACCAUCAUCACCAACCAGAAGUUCGCCAACUCCCUCACGGGGGUCCAGCAGCAGCUCCAGGCCUUCACCGCCUUCUGCACCCUGGAGAAACCCGUCAAGUUCCAGGAGAAGGGCAACCUGGAGGUCCUGCUCUUCACCAUCCAGAGCAAACUCCGGGCCACCAACCGCAAGCUCUACGUGCCCAGCGAGGGCAAGAGCAUCUCCGACAUCAACAAGGCCUGGACGUGCCUGGAGAAGGCGGAGCACGAGCGGGAGGUGGCCCUGAGGAACGAGCUCAUCCGGCAGGAGAAGCUGGAGCUCCUGGCCCAGCGCUUCGACCACAAGGCCGUCAUGAGGGAGACGUGGCUCAACGAGAACCAGCGCCUCGUCUCCCAGGACAACUUCGGCUACGACCUGCCGGCGGUGGAGGCGGCCAUGAAGAAGCACGAGGCCAUCGAGGCCGACAUCUCCUCGUACCAGGAGCGCAUCCAGGUGGUGGUGGAGCUGGCCCUGGAGAUGGAGUCCGAGGGCUACUACGACACCAAGAGGAUCAGCGCCCAGAAGGACAACAUCCUGAGGCAGUGGGGCCUCCUGACCGAGCUGGUCCGCGCCCGCCGCGCCCGCCUCGAGCAGAACUUGGCCCUGCAGAAGAUCUUCCAGGAGAUGGUCUACAUGAUCGACUGGAUGGAGGAGAUGCAGGUUCUCCUGGUCUCCAAGGACCUGGGGAAGCACCUGCUGGAGGUGGAGGACCUCCUGCAGAAGCACGGGCUGCUGGAGGCCGACAUCUCUGCCCAGACCGAGCGGGUCCAGGCCCUCAACGCCGCCGCCCUCAAGUUCUCGGAGCUGGAGGGUUACCAACCCUGCGACCCCCAGAUCAUCUGCAACCGGGUCAACCACGUGCAGACGUGCCUGGAGGAGCUGGAGGAGCUGGCGGCCAAGAGGCGGAAGGAGCUGGAGGAUUCCCGCCAGCUCUGGACCUUCUUCCAGGAGAUGGAGGAGGCCGAGGCCUGGAUCCGCGAGAAGGAGAAGAUCUUGGCCGCCAAGACCUGCGGCCGCGACCUCAGCAGCGUCCUCACCCUGACCACCAAGCACAAGACCAUGCUGGGCGAGCUGGGCAACCGGCGCGCCCUCCUCCACCAGACCAUGAAGAAAGGCGAGAAGAUCCUGGCCAAGAAGUCCUUCGGCCCCGCCGGCAUCCAGGAGAAGAUGCGGGAGGUUUGCCUGCGCUGGAAGAAGCUGGAGGAGGUCACGGGGCUCCACCAGCAGCGCCUGGAGGACGCCCUGAACUUCUUCCAGUUCAGCGCCGAGACGGACGACCUGGUGGUGUGGCUGCAGGACACCUACCGCAUCGUGUCCAGCGACGACUUCGGCCACGACGACUACUCCACCCAGGUGACGCCCCUUUUGCGCCCCAAACGGGCGCGGAGAAACUGCUCGGAGGCAGAGCUUGGGUCUCUGAGCGGCGGCAGUCGAAGAGUUGGGUGUUCGUACGGGGUGGACGUGCAGAUCCGGGUGGUGGAGGUGGAGCAGCUCUACGGGGAGGUGGCCGAGGUGGCCGUGCUGAGGACGCAGUGGCUGCAGGACGCGCUGGCCGUCUACAGGAUGUUCAGCGAGGUGCACGCCUGCGAGGUGUGGGUGGACGAGAAGGAGCAGUGGCUGGAGAAGAUGGAGGUGCCCGAGGAGCUGGAUGAGGUCGAGGUGGUCCAGCACAGGUUUGAGAGCCUGGACCAGGAGAUGAACAGCGUCAUGGGGCGCAUCCUGGACGUCAACCAGGUGGUGCAGCAGCUGGUGGACGGGGGCCACCCCAGCUCCGAGGAGGUCCGAGCGUGCCAGGACCACCUCAACAGCCG